AUGUCAGUGGCGUUCUUGUCAGUUUCUAUCCAAAUCGCCUGGGUGAAUGUCUGGAGGUGUAUGCACCUCGGAAUGAUUGUGCUUUCAAAUAAAUCAUGGUUGUACGGCAGUGAAGCAUCAGUUUUGAACACUGCUGUCAUGGUGUCGAUGAUGAUGAUGAUGAUGGUUUCUUUGUCGGGUGCGGAAUACGUAUCUGGCUUGCCGAAAACGGACUGCGAGGAUGAUUUCGUGCGCAUUUUAUGCACCGCGGGUGAGGGGAUGUCACAGCUGGUCAUAGACGAACUCAAAGAGUUGGCCAAUGAAAUAACUCAGUUUUCGCAAUCCUUAUAUUUGUGGGAACGUCGCUGUCGCGAAACUGCCUUGGUCCCCUGUGACGCUGUGAGACAUGAUUUUCCGUUCAGUGCCAGGUUGUUUGUCAAACUACGUCCGAAAUGUUUCAUACGGUGUACAGAAUCCGUACGUGCAUCUGCCGAACAGUUUCUCGAACGUCGGAUGAACAUCAAAUUCACACAAGACGCAAAGCUUGAGAUCAACCUGAUCCUGAGUAAUAAUGUAUUGUUUCUUGGAUUGCCGCUUACUAAAGAACCCAUUUCGAAGCGCAUUUAUACCUUGCACCAUGGUCUGCGCCCAACUUCAGCGACUGCUAUCGUGAUGCAUAUCCAGGAUGGUGUCGUUCUGGAUCCAAUGUGUGGCAAGGGUAUUUUACUCUGUGAGGCCGCCUCAAACUGCAAGAGACGUAUGCUCUCAGAACGGGCAUCUACGAAACAAUCUCAUUUCUACCUGAUUGGCUCAGACUGUUCCCUUAAUCAGUUGACGUAUGCACGAGAUAAUCUGUCGAACAUGCAGUCAUCGUCAAUAUGGGAUUUGGUAUUGUGCACAGUCGAAAGAACACCGUUUCGUGCAGGUGUUUGUGACUCUGUCGCUUGUGACCUGCCAUUCGGACAUAAGUAUGGUGCGUACACUCGGGGCUCGGAAGAAUUCAAUCACAUGUCUGUCCAGCGUUGCCACCAGAACUGUGCUGAACUGCUCAGAAGCACACUCCGAUCCGGAGGAGAAUUCAGGUUGCUGGUAGCCACCAGAUUAUCGAACUGGUUCGCGGGCCUUCUGUCGCACAUGGAUCUCACAGUGAUACAUACACGUCCGAUAUCGAUGGGUACUACAAAGGCCGUCAUUAUCAGUGGUCGCAAGAAUCCCGCCGUUAAAACUUUAGGACAAGUAUGGCAAGCGAGAUGGCCCAAGUGGUUAGAGCACGAAUUCACUGACCGGAAGGUCCGUGGUUCGAACCCGACCUCUGUCUUUCGACUCCCCCUGUCUAGGCUUGGGCAACUUGGCAGUAUCCCAGCCCUCGUGCUUCCGUUGGGUAGCACGGCAGCACCGGAAGGGUUUUACAGCUGA